UUCAUAGAAAUAGAUCCCUCUCCUGCCGUAUAAGAGACGCGAAGACGAGAGACGCAGCGCAACAAGCAGAGCGAAGAAAAUCCUUCCGUACUACACAGUCCACGGUAGAAUUGCAGACCUCUCAAGUUCAUAAACCCUACUCCCUCUCUGCCUCGCGGGCCCCUUCCCAUAUGGACGGAGCCCAUGUCGCCGGCGGCUCGCCGGAGGCCGGCGGGGCGUCCUCGUCGGCGACGUCCGCCUCGUCGUACGGCUCGGCGUCCCGGCGCUCCAGGCUGCAGAAGGGAGUGCCCCUGCGGCUGCGGCGGGUGGUCGUUAGGGGAGGCGGCGGCGGCAAUAAGGGCGCUGGUGACAACGAUGUGCAGGAUCUCGCGCUGCCUCUCGGGAUGUCCUUCGCGGCGGUCCUUGCCCAGGUUCUGAAUAGAUGCAGUGGUUCUGGAGGAAGAUUGCAACCUGACAUCCUCUCAAAGAUGUGUACCUCAGCCGUGAAGGAGUCCUUAACAAAUAUUUAUGGUGACAGAUUUGAAAGUUUCAUGAGAAACUUUGAGAAAUCAUUUGGCAGUACAUUGAGGACCCUUCACCUAAUCAAUGGGACACCUGUCUAUGAGCAAGAUAUACCUCAAUGUUCUUACAAAGAUAGCAAUUCUGUAACUGAAAUCAAGUUGAAUGGUGUUGAUUCACAAAGUCCGAUACAUAAUGUCCAGAAGGACACACCCUUGAACUCCGUGGAUAAUCAGAUUAUUCUUCAUGCGGGUGUCAAUCAGCAGCUGGUUCACCUUCCUCGUAGCAGAUCUACUCCAGAAAUUGAUCGGCACAUUCUUAGUGUAUUUGAGAGAUCUCUGAAUGAGCAAGCUCGCUCGAAUGAGCUCAAGGAACUUGAAAUAGGGCUUACUAUGAGAAAAUUGCAAUUGAGGCAAUCUCAGUUAGCACUUAGCUCCUACUCACACAUGCUAGAGAAGAUAAAAAUUUCUAUGGGAUUUCAGAAAACCUCUUUCAAAGAGGGGAAAUUCAAGACUCAAAUGGAGGAUACAAGACAUGCAGAACUCCUCAGGAAGCUUAUAGAUAUGCUUCUUACUGCCGUGGUACUCAUGUCUGUCUGUUUUGGAUAUGGAACAUAUAUUUACUCGUACCAGCGGAUAACUGCUUUUACUGCAGCCUGUGCAGCCGCUUCAAGGGAGUCUAAAUCUUGGUGGAUGCCAAGUUCAGUGUCAGCUUUCAACUCGGGUUUGCUGUUUUUCAGAUGCCAUUUAAUAGCAACGACAAGGAUAUCAUUUGGAAUUUUGAUGAUUCUAUUAAUUUCUUGGCUGGUAUUCCAGCGUUCUGCAAUGACUGGACCAAACAUGCCAAUAACGUUCAAUGUUAUGUUAUUGGGAGUUCUUUGUGGUUCUGUUGGAAGGUUUUGUGUCGACACACUGGGUGGUGAUGGAAAUGUCUGGCUUAUAUUCUGGGAGGCCCUUUGCUCCAUUCAUUUACUUGGAAACAUUUGCCCAUCUCUUUUACAUCGCAUACUUUAUGGUCCUAUUUCUGUGACUCACAGGACCAAGGCUGUUGGUUUGCCAUAUUGGGCUCGCCGAUACAUAUUUUAUGUUUUGUUGUCAUUUAUUCUCCCAUGCUUGGCUGGUUUGCUGCCAUUUGCAUCUCUGCCAGACUGGAAGGAGCAUGCAGUUCAAUAUGUGAAGUCCAGAUUCAAUGGAAGUAACAUUGAGGAUUGAUUAUGGAGAGAUUAGGUGGGGUUAAUAAACACUUGAAAGGUCAAACUUAUUUUGUGAAGAUGGAGAGGUCUGACCCACUUUUUUCCAAGUGAAAUACAUAUGGACUGGAUUUCAGUGUAGUAAGGAGGAAAGCUAUUUUGUUUGGUUUCCGUUCAAUCCUCAAACCUCCGAUAAUGUAGACAUAGUUAUUGGCAUGACAGCAAAAUCUCUCUUAUUGCCUUGUACUGAAACAUCAGAUGGAUCAGGUUUUGGUAGUUGUGCUCCUUUGUGCACCGCCACCGAUAUCAAGAGCGAGAUGCUUCCCUUCGCCUAUGCAACCUCUUUUCACCAGGCAAGCUUAAAAUACAAUAUAUUUUACAAUUUCAUUGCCUCCUUUUUGUGGCUCUUUUGUGUAAGGGCACUGUCCUCGGUGAUGGGAAUCUGUUGAUUUUCCUUCCUCUCCCUUUAUCCUUCAUCCCUUAAGCUGCAAUUCUUUUCUUCAGUUGGAAUCCAUUACACACUGAUAGAGUUGUUUAGGUAUAGUUUCUCACAUGCAUGUAUGCUGUAAAUUGUAACAUUAGCAAGAUCAAUGUACCAUCUCUAUUUACUUGCACACAUUA